CUGCCUUUAAUCUGCGCACCUCACCUUGCGAAGUUCACCAACCACGUUCGCAACUCUACCAGUGAUCAAAACGCCUAUACACUCGCACGACCGUACCUACCUCGCACUCUAUUGCUGGCAGAAUCUCGCGACCACAUUAUCUUGAUAACAGCCCGCCCCCAGUGAUUGUUUACACCGCCUCCCCCUCAUCCGACUUCGAUAGCAGUACACCUGCUCUGCGCGAUCCGGGACAAUCGCAACAACAAGCCGCUGGCCCUGAAGCCCUCCCUGGUGCACUUGAAAGCAGCACACUUCUCGAGCACUCUUGAUGGUGACAGCUGUGUGCUGCACAUAUUUGCUCAUGCUCAAGAACCCAGCAACUGGCCGACUCUCAAAGUUGCCCUUGCACCAUACUCCUCAGAUUUCCUCCUCGAACGGCUUUGUCGCUCGAGAUGUUUUUGGUUCUGUCUCGUUUAGACCAAGCUUGGAUGGCACAUCCUGAUAUCAGCUGCGAACGCUGAUAUACCUGUGCUCAAGAACAUUUUCUUUUGUCAUUUUCGUUUUGUCUUCCCACAUAUGGCCAGCAUUGUCUUGUAGCAUGGAUCCCACAAUACCCUCGCCGCAGAGAGGUGCCAAACCUCCAGGGAAGCGGGCAUGGACUCCAGGAGUAUCGAACCAAGCUAUCGGCAAUCUGUCAUCCGGGCCAAUAUCAAAUGAACGAUCAUUGACCGCCGGGUCUAAUGAUGGUCUUCCCAGGAAGAGAGCGAGGAUCUCUGUUUCCGGAGCCGAGUCUUCUUCUCAGGCGCAGUUUGGGCAUGAGACGUUGCCCAAGAGGCGUACGCUGCAGGAUUUACCUGAAGAAAUCCUCCAGCACAUUUUCACUUUUCUUCAUCCUAUCAUUCUGGGGCGUUUGAUAUGUGUCAGUCGCUAUUUCCGUUCUUUGCUUGAUCCAAGUUUACCCUUGCCACACGGGUCUAGUCAAGUCAAGCGCCUUGCCUUGCAAAGCCAGGAUGCCGUUUGGGCAACCUCGCGGAAGAGAUUCCUGCAAGGAUUCCCCAGGCCCAUGGAUGACAUGACCGAGCUGCAGAUGUGGGGACUCAUCCGUGGCCAGUACUGCCAGUUCUGCAAAAGGGGUUUUAAAGCAGACACGCCUAGUCAACCGAGGUUGCCUUGGAACGCAAGUCCAGGAUUCAAUAGCCUGCGUACCAUCUGGCCCUUCCGCCUAAGGUCCUGUGGCAGAUGUUUAGAGGACAGAAUUGUCAAGGAAACCGAGCUUCUAAUUUCCGGAUCAUCUAUUUUGCUUCCUGGAUUGCCGUACGCUAUAUUGACUUCGUCAAUGGACUACGUGCCCUCAGCAGUGCUAGAGCGAGCGCAGCCGCCUCCCCAGGUCCAACUCAUCAAAUACUACUUCAGGCCUCAGCUCCAAGAAUUGCAAGCCGAGAGGGAAAGCGUGCAAGCUCUCGGAGCCCCUGCUCUGGAAGAGUGGUACAAAGGCCUUGAGAGCAGCGGAACCCAAAAAAUUCUGGACGCUGCACGAUUUGAUCAGUGGGAACUCCAAGGUGGCCCUGCGAAGUUAUCCUUAGCAGCUGCCGGUCUUGCUCCAAAUACGGCCUCCAGUCAGGAUCCUCGAAUUCAAACACCUAAUCCAUCUAUUCAGGCUCGGCAUAAACCGCACCUUCCGCUGUCUGUGUCAGAUGGCUUUUCUGGCAGCUCAGAAUCUAUGGACGUUGAUACAUCCGAUUCACAAAUUCAGGCUGCCCCGUCUGCGCAUGCUAUCCUGCAGGAAAUACCUUUCCUCCCUGGACGACAUCCACAGAGCGGAAAGCAAGGUGUUCCAGAGCAACAGCCACCUACUUCUGCACCAUUUCGACGUCGGCCCCAACAGAGGGCUGAAAGGAAUGUGCAAGAGGUAGAGCAGGCCAAAAUCGCACGUCGCAGGGAGAUCGAACAACGAUGUCAGGAUCUGCAACCGCCUAUCAUGGCGUCAACCCUGCCAUUUAUGGAUGCAUUCAAAGCAGCGAUUCAGAUAGCCCUACCUCUGAAUGAGAGGGCCUGGGAAGUUUUGAAGCCGCGUUUAUUGGCGCAACGUGCUGAUGCGGAACGAAAGGAGCUCCUGCAUAGUGCCUCACUACGUGGUUCGACAACGCAGCCCGAGGCACGUGAACAAUUCGAAGAGGAGCAAAGGGUAGCACAAGAAAAUGAGACCAACAUGUGGCAAGAAUUGAAAGUCCCUAGCCGAGAAAGGAUUCAGCGGUACGCUCAGGAAUUCAUUCACCAGACUUGGUCUGACGGUCGCGGGGUGACCAAGGCUACAGCCAGUAAGUUUGCUGCUGAGGUGCUGUGCUAUGUACGGCAGCGUUUCGACGAGGAGAUUGCUCGAGAGGACAAUAUGCUCGCAUUAAAAAGAACGGCGUUUCCACAGGACCCAGAGUCUCUGGCCUGUCGGAAAUUGAAGCUGAGGGAUAUGAAAUGGGCUUUUGAAGAGCUGGUUAAACCUCAUACUGAGCGAUUCGGAAAGGAUCUGUUUCUUUGCCGUGUAUGCGACACAAAUCAGAAGUUGUUUUCUUUCGAGGCAAUAAUUCAGCACUACGCCGCCAAACAUACUAAUGGGUUGAGCUACGGCAAUACUAUCGUCUAUUGGGAAGCUGACUGGCCCAUCGAGCCCCCAUUCGACCCAUCGCCAAACAUCCCCUGGGUACACGACCAGAGCCAUGGCUUGCUACAACAGGAGACGCGGCAUCAGUCAUCAUCCCCGGCUUGGCUCUCGCAGAAGAGUGGGCGGACUGGAGUCUAUCACAAUCACGUGAAUGAAGUCAUCAGCUUGACUACUCGAUAUUGGCGCAUGACGGAAGGUGUUUGGGAUCUGACGAAUUCUGUUCGACUUUACGUCGUGAUUCAGCACGUCAAUGCCGGAUUUUUACGAAGGUUUAAAGUUGAGCUUGGAUUGCCACUUUUCCAGGACGUGAUAGCCACUCGGACGGAGCUGCAUUUCCUUAGGGGUGUGACUGGACUGCGGUGCCGCCCCUGCUCAGAGAAUUUUCGAGCCAUCCCGAGCAGAUUAGGCGAAGUGAGUGGGAUCGAGCAUUCGGUGCUGGACCUGUUGAGUCAUUUUCAACACGCGCAUUGUGAUUCAGAUGCAUUGAGCAGCAACCCCGGUUUUCAAGGACCAUCCAAUGGACUUGGCCAGGGAUCCGCAAGACCGGAUUGGAAACGAGACAUGAUAUGGCUCCCGAGUGGUGCAGCUAUAAGAGCCCUACAACAUUCCCGGGGCAUUGAUCAAAACAAGCUUCAGACCAUCGCUGAAGCAUUCCCCGACCUCUUCGCGCACCCCUCUCCGCUGGCUGGCAUGGCGCAGCAAUCCAAUCAACCCUUGGUAGCCGUCCCUUUGCCGGGUUCGCGCUUCAUCGACUCUGUACCCGCUCGAGUGGGCCACCUGAAUAUGCGAGGUACUGGUGCUGGCUACUACUCAACCCGCUCUGAAGGUUCCGUAAGUGUCAGGGACGAGCACGAUCCUCAUGGGCCCACACCGGCAGUGCCGCCAAGGAGCCCACUGGAAGCUCAGCCGAUCAUGUCUUCACCACCCAGGGGCGUUGCCCAUCAUAGGGCCGCAUCUUCACAUGUGGCAACAUAUGCACCUCGCCGAGAAUACCACUUUGCAGCCCCAGAGGCGGGCCCUCCGUGGGAAGUUCGCGAAUGGCAGGGACCGCUGUCACGAGAUUCGGUGGUCUAUUCAUACGAAGAUGGGUCUUCGAGGUGGUCUUAUCGAGAGCCGUUGACUGCCUAUAGCGAAACCACGAUUUCUGAAGCACGACCAGAAAGCAAGGCUACCAACCGACAUUCUCUUCACUUAUCAGCCGCUUCGGAACAAGGCCCUGCACCAAGUCGUGUGGGCACCCGAGAAGGAAGCGACGACCGUAUGUCAACCGCGGCAGCAGAUUUUCUUGCAAACUUCGACCCAAUGGCUAAUGAUGUGAACGAGGACGCAGGAGAUGACGGCCGGCGCUCGUUCGGGCGUCGAACAGGAUCUCGACUUGUGGACGGUCCAGGCUCACGGCCAACAACAGGCUUGUCUAGACACUCUCCACCCCGUCCUCCUUUGCUAGAUGCGGUCCUCAGUAUGGAUCAGCCGACUCAGGGGAGGCACACAACUUCCCUGCCAGUACGUCAAACCGUCAGGCCUACUCCGGCAGGCCCCGACCAGGACAGGUUUUGGGUCAGCGAGGCUGCCAUGCAUGGAGACCCUAUCCGUCAGGGCCCUUCUACUAUGGCAGUUGGUUGCGACUAUUCUGGAGGUAGUCUUCCACCGAGACCGCAUCGAUUUCGAUACGAAAGCGAAUUGAGAGGAGCUCAUGACGGAUCGGUAGCCCGCACUGGGUCGGACGUCGAGGACAGAUACCCUUAUCAUCAGGAAUAUCCUCCGGUGUCAAGACAGUACGAAUACACUGAAGUUCCCCCGCAAAGGUAUUCCUAUCGAAUAGAGGAACCCGGUCUUCGCUACGUUGAGUUUCCAGAACCAGGAGCCCAGCCUUACCUGGAACGCAGACAAUACUCCGAUCGAAGGAGUACGGAUGAAGAACACAUUCGGCUUGCUCCAAGAAAUUAUAGGGUUGACGAUGACGAUUACCACCUGCGAGAUCCUCAAGGGCCCCGUCGCUAUGCCCAGCACGACGGCCACGGUCCACGGGAGCCUGUUGGAGAGGCACGGCGAAUCCACGCCUUGACAGAUGGUGGGCGAGAAAUUGUCUAUGAGCCAGUACAGGGGGCCAGGCGUUAUGCCUCACCCUGACUGAACGGCAGAAUUCGAAGAAACUUCGAGCCUUUGCGAUUGUGGGAUUGGACGACCAGCUCCUAUGCCUCGCAUUCUGCGCGUACGGGACAACUUUGGCCCCAGUCUCUUUUUUUUUGUUGCACCAUCUUCUAUCAGUACGCUGGGAACGGGUUACCUUCGUUGGCAUGCGCCGAUUCACGAGGGUCGGUUUGCUGAAGGUUUUUUGCUUUGGAAUGAUACCCCGUCAUGUUUUCAUCGCACCAUUGAGCGCUCAUGUUUUGCAGCAUUAGACUGCUUGAAUGAAUAUAGUUUAUUCACGCUUCAUUUCGAAAUUGAACUGUGAACCUUCGG